AUGGCUACUCUGCUGUACUUUCUGGAGGCGGAGUCGGGCAUGCUGCUGCGGCGGAUGCUGACGCCGGCGGAGAUCCUCCUUCUGUUGCAAGUCGACAGGUCCCCGACCCUGAGAAGACUGGCGUGGGCUCGUCGCGUUCUAUCAGAUGCAGCCAGGCUACGCCGGGUCAUGGAACCCUUGAGGACUAUACAACUGCGCUUCCCCGGCUUCAACGUUCCCGUGAACAUCAGGUGCACGAAGUACUGGUCUCCGCCAGACCCGUCGGACCCGCUGCAGACCUUGGGUCCCGUGGAGGAUCUACUCUAUUGGAUGGACGACUUCGGACUCGGAGGGUUCUCCCCCGGCGAAGCGGUGCUGGUGAUGAACGCAUGGCCGAGAGCGACAAGAGACGUGGGCGCAGCUUUGAGCGACCUUCUGGAAGAAUCAGAGAGCGAGUUCUUCUACUCGGCCAGGCCCGCCGCCCGCUUGCCAGGGACCCAACUCGGGCCCGCUCUAGUGAACGUAGUCGUCUUUUUCACCUACAGAGGGCUGGACGGUGCAGGAGCAGGCGCGGAGCCGCCUCGGCCCGUUCAUGUCUACUCCCAAGCAGGGCAUCUCGCAGCCGCUUCAGCUUCAAUCGGAGAGCACACGCAGGGCUUCACGCGGAACCCGUCGCCUUUCAUGUCGACCAUCGACUACUCCAAGUGGGAUCAACUUCAGAGCAGCAGCGACGAGGAGGACUUCGGGAACCCCAUCCCGCCGCAAUCUCCGCGACAGCCGGUGACGAUUGGCUCGUUUGCAGUGGCCGACCCCUGGCGCAAGUGCAGUCCGCAAGUGCGACGCGAAGUGCUCAGGGAGGAGAAAAUUCUCCACAGGUUCGUGCAAGAGCACCCCUGCCCAUCCGAGAAGGUCCUCCGGCGUUGGCUGCGCAGUAUGAGCAGCGCAGAGGAAACAGUGCCCGGAGAGCUGACGUUUGCGUGGGUGAUGAAAGAUAUGGGAUGGCACUCGGAGCACCUGGCGUGGUUCCACUAUCCGUCCUUCAGGGAUCUCUGGCAAGCGGCAGCUUUUCAAACAGCCGAGGCCUUCACAGUCCAGCGCAGCGCGGGCAGCACCCUUUACCAGCGCGGCGGCAAGGGGUGCAUGCAGUUCAACUUCUAUGCACUGCAGCACGCCAUGUGCGGGGAACAUUUCCACACGGACGCGCCGCUACCUGUGUACUCGUACGCUAAACGCCUGGAGCAUGUUUGGGACGGGAUCGGAUCAUGGCGAGCAUAG